AUUACGCAUAGGUAGCUCUUCUCCAAGGAUAUCUUGCAGCGUCAGCAUAGCCACGACUGGUGCGGAGCCUUGGUCGAAUAAUUAUCUAUCGCUUUCGGUGAAAACAUGAAGCCUCACUUGCUGGCUGGCAUAGUCAUCCUCUAGCGGAGGGGCUAUUGGUAGACCACAUUCGACCGGAGCUAAGUCGAUGCAAGAGAAAAUACCUACAUAUUUUAUUCACACCAGCCCCGAUGCUUAUAUAAAUCAUGCUACACCCCUCUGGGUUCAAAAUUGUCUUAAACAUGAUUUUACUGAGGUAAUAUCUUGCAGGGUUUCAUAAACUAAAAAUCAUGAACACCUUGAAAUGACAGGGACACUUAGUAUAGAUUCUAGGUUAUCAGCCAUGAAACCCAAACCUCUUUAUGUUGAACGAGCCCAGCCCUCGAUCUCAGUCGAUGUGAUUUUGGAAGAGAUAGAAGCCUUGGAGGCUAGUCUACAUCGCCGCCCGCCGGGUGAAGCUAUUCGUAUGCUAACGCCACUCCUAAGUUUCAUAGAGCGCUACUCGACUGUUGUAGAUACGAUGACCCAAUAUCAGGCCAAUCCAUCCAGUCUUAUAUGGGGUGCUCUAAAAUUGAUUGUUUUGAUGGCGCGGACUCCAAAUUCCUGGUGGAACAAGCUACUUAUGAUGCUUAAGAAGCUAGGAACCCAAUUGAUGAUCUUUCGCGAAUACGAGCAGAUUUUCGGCGAAUCCGAAGCGUUAAAGGGAGCAUUAGCUUCCACGUACAUGGAUAUUUUUAUGUUCUUACGAGCAGCCAAACAAGAAGUUGGGCAACGAAACACUCUUCAAACAAUACUACAUUGGAGCGCGAGUAGCUUUGUUGGAGACUUUGAAGAAACUUCUUCAAAACUGAAUAUGCGCCUCCAAAGCCUGGGCUCCCUUACGACCCUUUUACAUCGCCGGGCACUUCACGAGGAUCUGAAACUUCAGAAAGAUUUUCGGGUCGAAGCUUCGCAGGCUCUAGAAAGAAUAUCAGCUUCGUUGCCGCCUUCACGAAUAAACCAUGUAGAGAAUCAAGAGCUCGCCAAGUGUAUAUCCUGGUUCUCGCCCGUCGACGUGUCUCUGACGUACCAUCGGAACUUGAUAAAACGAGCAGAGGGUACCUGCGGGUGGCUAACAGGCGCCAAAUUUUUCCAAAGCUGGUUUAAGCCAAAGUUGCAAGAGGAUGUGGCCCGUACACGUUGGAUCUAUGGAAACCCCGGAGUUGGCAAGUCUGUUCUCUGUGCCUCUGUUAUUAGGCACAUCGAAAACUGCCUCGGUGGAAGGGAAGAAGAUCUGAGCAUCGCGUAUUUUUUCUUUGACCACUCUAACCAAGAAAGCCUUACUAUUUUGGCUCUCUAUCGGACUCUAUUAGGCCAACUCCUCUAUCAUACACCAUCUUUUAUUGAGUACAUCAAACCUAUCAUGGAUUCGGCCCUGAAAUACGGAAGGAACCGCAUAUCGUGGCAGGACAAUCCGUCAGAGCUUCUGAAGCAAAUAAUACGUAAAUCUGCCCGCGAAACUCUCCUUAUUAUAGAUGGACUCGACGAGUGUGAAAACCUAAGCCAAGACCUCCAGGGCUUCCUCGAAAUACUCCGGGUGAGCAACUCAUGCCGCACGUUAUUCUUUAGCAGGUCGAAUCCAAAUCUUCACGAAUUUUCGCAGUCAUUUCCCUCGAUGCGAAUUUCGUCGACGUCAACUAAACUCGAUAUCAACACUUAUCUAGUGAAUGCUGUCAGCAAGCUUCCAAACUUAACCCUUUCGACAUGCAGAGAAGUUAUAGCAGCGUUGAACCAUCAAUGCCAGGGAAUCUUCCUCUUGGCGACAAUUAUGGUUAAGGAACUGGAAAAUGCUACUUGUUUAGAGGAUGUUGAAGAGGUUCUGCAAGGGCAGCCGAAAGAGCUCCAUCUCCUUUAUGACAGUAUCGCCCAACGGAUAACUCGACAGUCGCCGCAGUGGACAAAAUUACGCCAAAAUAUAUGGACGCUGUUAUGUUGCAGCCCACGGCCACUUCUGUGGAGUGAACUACAAGAGGGUUUAGCGAUGUUGAACUCAGGCCGUGUGCCGUCGAAGCAAGACCUAGCUAGGCGGGUCGUAUACAAGUCGGUAGUACUCAAAGCCUGCCCUCCUCUUAUCGAGUACGAACGUGAGACGGAUACAUUCCGCAUAGCCCACUCGUCAAUGUACGAAUAUCUCACAUCGAAUAAGAAACCCACGCGCGAUUAUAAACCUCGUGUUGAUCUGGGCGUUGGCCACUAUAAGAUAGCAGGGAUAUGUUUGAAAUAUCUUGUUAUGCCUGGAGUGUGUGAACAGCUAGAACUGGACCAGAUGAGCUUUCCAUAUACGAGUUAUGCUACGUCGCAUUGGUGCUAUCAUCUGCUCAACUCAAAAGUCGAUCACGAACUCCAGGCCAAAGCUAUUGCGCUAAUCUCAUCUCCCGAGCAUCGACGUCUGUCGUUAGCAACAUGGCUUGCACUCGAUAAGAGCGGAUUUCCCUUGCAAUCAAUGCUCAAAUCAAUCAGAUCGGCACAGCGAUUAAUACAAAGCCUAGAACGGACGAGACACCUCAAGAUUGAUGAAUUAGAGGAUAUCCUAGAAGUUCUGCUUAUUUUAGAUUCUCACACGUCCGACAGCGGCAUGGGGCACAGGAUUACCAAUUUUGAGAGGAAUAUACUUCUGAGGGAAUUGGCAAGGGAAUACUCUAUAGCCGACCGGUUGGAAGAAGGGGUAGAAAAAUUCAAGGCCGUUAUCGGAAGGGUUAAAGAGGAACAAGAUAUGAAACCUGAAAUAUUGUCGUGGGUGAUGAGCGGGCUUGGUCUUCUAUACGACCAGCAAGGCGAUGUAACCCUUGCAAUAAGUACUCAACUUGAGGCAUUAGAGUCGCAGAAGGAUGCAGAUGCCAACAGCGGCGUCGAUGAGGUCUUGAUCGUCAACGAGCUCGGACGCCUCUACAGGCAUGAUGGUGACCUCGAGAAUGCAGAACUUAUGCAUUUGAGGGCACUUGAGUCGCUUCGCUCCGCGCUACCCGAGACGGACCCUCAAGUCAUAUGGACCCUGAACACGCUAGCGAGAUGCCAUCGUAGGCAAGGUCGGCUGGAAGAUGCUAUCAGACUUCACAGCCAGUCGCGAGAGGCCCAAAGCCGAACCUUGGGAGACGAGCAUCCUCAUACGCUAUGGACUCAAAGCGACCUAGCUAAAUGCUUUCGCGACCUAGGCCAGCUUGAAAGAGCCAUUGAUCUACAGGCGAAAACAACGAAGACCCGCGAGAAGGUACUCGGGCCAUUGCAUAAUGACACACUAUGGUCUUUGAAUGACCUUGCCCUGAUGUAUGAACUCUCAGGUUGCUUCCAGACGGCGUUGAAGAUUCACGAGCAGGCAUUGGAUGGCCAACGAAGAACCUUGGGGGAUACCAGUCCUACGACUUUAUGGUCCGAAGAGGUCGUGAGAAAGCUUGAGUGUAAGGUACGCUCAGAUGUAGGCGGGGAGUGUUAAAUUGCACCGUGUUCGCAGAUGAUCGACGCUUAUGAGCAAGAUUAAGUAUCGAUACCAUCUAGCAAGGACUGAGACAUUAUAUGCAUCGUGGAAAAUUUAACGUUAUACGUAUGAUAGUUAUCUUUGAUACAGGUUUCGGUCUUAUUUUCAUUAGAAUUGGCACCUUAGCCAC